AUGAAUCCAGCGCGGAAAAAAAUUAUCGACGACAAAUUAUUAGAGCUCAUUGCCAAAGAUAUUCAGCCAUUUUCUGUAGUAGAAGAUACAGGAUUCAGAGAUUUCUGCCAUGCACUAAAUCCAUCAUAUGUUUUGCCUAGCAGAAAAACGCUGUCUAAAACUUUAAUACCAGCAAAGUAUUUAGACACCUUAAAUAAAACUAAGGGUGUUGUAUCAAAUGUAGAAUCUGUCACAAUUACUACUGAUUUAUGGAGUUCUAGAAACAACGAUAGUUAUAUGGGCGUUACUGGUCACUUUAUUGACGCAAAUUAUGUAGUCAAAUCAGUACUUCUUGAUAUUUUUUUAUUUAAAGGCUUCCAUACCAGUGCCAACUUAGCUGAUGAGCUACUUCGAAUUGUUAAAGAAUGGGAUUUGGAAAAAAAAAAAUAUUAG